AUGCAGGCCACAGAGAGCAGCACCCCGGCCGCAAACGCCCGGUACGCCUCAACCGUCAUCACAGAAGCCGCCUACAUCAUCGACAAAGCCGCCAAAGCAGGCGACGAAUGGUCCGUCUACGACGCCCUGCGACAGGCCACCGAUGAAUACGGCGCAAGGGAAACGGAAAGGAAAGAAACAGGCCGAACCUACGGGAUGGUCGCACUGCUGAAUGACCUCGGCAAAUACAUAAAGGACCACCCGACCUCCCUAGAAGUCCACUUCCCCGACGACUGGACACCGGUCGGCCGGUGGAGCCACGGCACAGACCCAGAAACAGUCACCACAACUCUCAGGGAAGCAGCUCCCGCAAUAGCAGAAGACGUCAGGAAAUGGACAGCACGGGUGGAAGCCGCACGGAGAAAAGUCCAAGCAUUGAACCUCAGCGAAGAGGAAGUCCUGGAAGAGGUGAGGAAGGUCAGAGGAAAGUAA